AUGCCUCAGGCCCGCAGCCUUCGUACCAGAGGCACGAUGAAUGAGAACGAUGAGAACGGUCCGUCAGCGCGUGUGACCCGGGCCAAAGCAGCCGCCCUGACCUCCGAUGUUUCUGCCGCUGGAGCCAAGAAAACCCUGCAGACCAAGCGAACGGCGUCGACCACCACGGCUACCGGAACCCAACGUCCCCGUGCUGCCCUCGGCGAUGUCAGCAAUGUCAACAAGACGGAGGGUGCUGAGGCGAAAGCUGGGAAGAAACCGGUCGCUGCCAAGGCUGGCUUGACCUCAAAGGCAACUGUCCAGACUGGAGGUGUUCAGAAGCUCAGUCGCACCAACUCCUCACGAACUGCAACACGAACUGCCCUCCAACCCCGCGACUUGAACAAAAAACCCGCUACCAACGCCCACAAGCGUCCGUCGCCGAAGGACCCAUCGGAUGAGCCUCCCCGCAAGAAGCCCGAGCUUGGGCGAAAGACCGGGCCUAUCGUGGAAGAACCAGAAGUGAAGGAGCCUGGAAUUAGCGGGAAGGAUCUGAAUGACGCCGUGCAGGAUCUGGACACUGAGGACUUAGAUGACCCAUUAAUGGCUGCCGAAUACGUGGUUGAAAUCUUCGAGUAUCUCAAGGACCUUGAGAUCAUAACUCUGCCCAACCCUGACUACAUUGACCAUCAGCCCGAUCUUGAAUGGAAGAUGCGUGGGAUCCUUGUCGACUGGCUUAUCGAAGUGCACACCCGUUUCCGUCUCCUCCCUGAGACCCUGUUCCUUGCUGUCAACAUCAUCGAUCGCUUCCUGUCAGCUGAAGUUGUCGCCCUUGAUCGUCUUCAGCUGGUUGGUGUUACCGCCAUGUUCAUUGCCUCUAAGUAUGAGGAAGUGCUCUCCCCUCACGUCGCCAACUUCAGCCAUGUCGCCGAUGAGACCUUCUCGGACAAGGAGAUUCUCGAUGCCGAACGCCACGUCCUUGCAACCCUCGAGUACAACAUGAGCUUCCCCAAUCCCAUGAACUUCCUGCGACGUAUCUCCAAGGCCGAUAACUAUGAUAUCCAAACCCGCACUCUGGGCAAGUACUUGAUGGAGAUCAGUCUCCUCGAUCACCGCUUCAUGGGCUUCCCCCAGAGCCAUAUCUCUGCUGCAGCCAUGUACCUUGCACGUCUCAUCCUCGAGCGUGGACCUUGGGAUGCCACUCUCGCUCACUACGCCGGAUACACUGAAGAGGAGAUCGAUCCCGUCUUCCAGUUGAUGGUUGAUUAUCUCCACCGCCCUGUCUCCCACGAAGCCUUCUUUAAGAAAUACGCCAGCAAGAAGUUCUUGAAGGCUUCUAUCUUGACUCGCCAAUGGGCCAAGAAAUAUCACCACCUUUACGUCGACGGCUCCGAGCAGAGCAGUUACGCCAAGGAUGAACAGUAAUUGUACCAUUUACGAUGUCAUGCUACUCCUGUCUCGCCAACGUCGAUGCCUUUCAUGACUCCCUAGGGCCUUGCGACGACUUGAGCAGGGAAAUCGAAUUCCUACAUAUGUUGGCAUUUCAUUGUGCUGGUAUUCACUUCACUACCUUUUGCAUAUUCUUACGACGACUUGAUUGAAUUUCUGUGCUUUCCGCAUUUGUCUUCUGUGAUGGGGUGUUCGGCGCUCGGCCCUGUGUGCUAUUGUUUUCUUCCCUUACCCCUACAUCUUCAACCUCGGCU